CAGAUUGCAGUUUAGCUCUCCUCGGUAAAUUUUAUAAUAGCGGAAAAAUAAUUCAAAAGUUGGGGUAGAAGCGGACUUGAAAAGGGUAUAUAAUCACAAAUAAAUCCUAUUCAUGCAAAGUUCAAAUAUCAAUUUUAUUGUAAUUAUAUAAUUAUAACUAUAACUUAUAACUUAUAACCUAAAAUUAUCUAAACAAAAUGUCCAUUGAAGACGAUAUUCCUGCUAUUUUCCUUGAUAAAUUGUCCCCAAGGGGUUAUGCUGCAAUUGAAAAAUGUAAAGAAUUUGUUGAUAAUUAUUGUUUACCAGCUGAUGAGAUUUACCUUCUGCAAUUGUCUGAUAAUCCAGCUACUAGAUGGAAAUCAACUCCUGAAAUCACUGAAAAAUUAAAGAAGAAAGCCCAAGAAUUAGGCCUUUGGAAUAUGUUCUUAUCAAAACAUUAUAAAGAGGGUCCUCAAUUUACUAAUUUAGAAUAUGGUUUAAUGGCACAAUAUUUAGGAAAAUCUUUUAUUGCUCCAGAAGCUACCAACACCAAUGCUCCAGAUACUGGUAAUAUGGAAAUUCUUGCCAAGUAUGGUAAUACCUAUCAUCGUCAAAAGUAUCUUAAUCCAUUAUUAGAUGGUAAGAUCAGAUCAGCCUUUUUAAUGACUGAGAGGGGAACUUCUUCUUCUAAUGCUUUAAAUAUUUCUUGUUCAGCUAUCAAAAACAAAAAAGGAAAUUAUGUUAUUAAUGGUUUAAAAUGGUUUGCUUCAGGUGCUGGUGAUCCAAGAUGUGCUGUAUGGUUAGUAAUGUGUAAAACCGGUAAAAAUGAAAAAACUCCAUAUCAAAAUCAUUCGGUUUUAGUUUUAGAUGCAAAGAAAGCUUUAGCCACUGGUAAGGCAAGAUUAAUUAGACCAUUAACUGUAAUUGGUUAUGAUGAUGCACCCCAUGGUCAUUGUGAAAUUGAAUUUAACAACUUUGAAGUUGCAACUGAUGACAUGCCAAAUGUUUUAUUGGCUGGAUUAGGAAAAGGAUUUGAAAUUAUUCAAUCACGUUUAGGUCCUGGUAGAAUUCAUCACUGUAUGAGAUCAAUUGGAGCUGCUGAACAUGCUUUAUUAAGAGUUGCUAGUAGAGCCAAUAACAGAAUCAUUUUUGGAAAACCAUUAAGUCAAAGAGAAACUUUUAUUACGCAAUAUGCUCAACAUAAGAUUGACAUCCAAAAAUGUAGAUUAUUAGUUUUAGAUGCAGCUCACAAGAUUGAUUUAACUAGUGCCAAGGGUGCUCAACGUGAGAUUGCUAUGGCUAAAAUUGAGACUCCUAGAGCUGUUGUGAAGAUCAUUGAUUGGUGUAUUCAAAUGUUUGGAGCAGAAGGUAUGUCUCAAGAUACUGAACUUGCAAGAAUGUUUGUUCAUUCUAGAAUUUUAAGAAUUGCUGAUGGACCAGAUGAAGCUCAUUUAAAUCAAUUAGGUAGAAACGAAGCUAAGAGUUUCAAAAAUGCUGAUAAAUUCUUUGCAACUUAUGAAGCUAAAAGAAUUGCAUUAGGGAAAUUAUGAGUACCCUAACUUAAAACUUAUGAUAUUAACGAUAGUAACUUUCAUUGUAGACAAGCUCU